AUGCAGUAUGCCCGUGAACUGUUCUCUAGGAAGGUUGUGGGAUACCCUUUGAUAGGGUUAUGGAACGUCUCGCGGAAAUCAGCAAAUAACGCUCAUAGAACUCCUGCUGUGGUUAUUUGCGGCCGAUCGAAUGUUGGUAAAUCAACGUUGAUCAACGAGAUUCUCUAUGGGCGUCAAUUCGAUGCUAAUAAGUAUCGAAUUCGGUGGUCUUCUGAUAACAUAACGCACGCCCCAGUCUCCAGAAAGGCAGGGAGGACUAGGCAUGUAUUUCGCUUUGACCUCGGUGAUAGAUUGCGACUGGUGGAUCUCCCUGGUUAUGGCUUUGCUGAUGUUGAAGGAAGUGUACGCGACGAGUGGGCCACGUUGAUAGAAAGGUAUCUCGAGGUCGCUGGAGAAGAUUCAGAACAGGUCCAACGCGUGAUCAGCUUGGUUGACUCUAGGAGAGGCGUUAAGGGCUUGGACCGUGCCCUAUGGGAGAUGUUGCAGGAAAAGAAAAUUCCCUUCCAGGUUGUUCUAACAAAAGUGGAUCUAGUGAGGGACGUUUACGGCCUCCAUGAUGUGAUGGAGAAUACUAUAGCUUUACUACAGGAAUACGAUCGAGAGCUCCUAUGGCCUUAUGUACACUCAGUGUCUAGUUUGCACAAGCAUGGAGUUAACGACUUGUUGUUGAGCCUCUCAGCUGUUGCUAGGGAUUUCGAGAUGGUCAAUAAGGCUCGUAUGGUGUCGGGUGGUAGAUAG